AUGACUCCUUCACUAUUCUGGUCACGAGUUCCUAGCAGGAAAGAGGGGACAAGGAUGUUACAGUUGCAUGAAGAAGAAGCGUCUCAUGACAUAGUAUUAGAAAGAGUGAUGCAAGGUGGGUCCAAAGUGUCAUGUAAAGCGUGUUUUGAGAUGGUGUCCCUCAGUCUCUCACCCCACAUUUACAAGAAUCAGUGA